GGCUAGGGACUAGAUUGGAACAAUUGUGCAUGCACUCUCGUGUAGUUGCCUGUGCAUAAAUACUGUCGAUUAGGUACAAAAAAACUGAAAAAGACCCAACGACGAUGUGUGAGCAUUAAGAAUAGACCUUUACUCAAUGGUAUGAGUGUCGGUAGUCUGUGGCGUCACACUGUUAACAACGUUGGAUUGAAUAGUCGUAUUUCUGAUGUGCACUUUGCCCUAUCGUGGUAGUGCCCAGUGUUCGUAACGUCUCAUCGCAAUUGUUCUAAUUGCAAGUAAUAAAAUCAGCGGCAAGGUGACGGUAAAUUACGCAUCUGAAGAUGAUCAAAGUAUCGAAAUUCGUCUGUCAAACUCCGAGAAAUUUCAAUAAAUUUAUUGAAAUAAACUCAAGAUGUAUGGCAACUCAGGCUGCGACAAAAACUGUCAAGUUGGAAAAAAAGGCUGCGGAGAAAUCUGCCAAGGAUUCUCAGUCUUUUGUCAUGAACAUAUUCAGAGGCCAGGUUCAGUCUAAUCAGCUGUUUCCUUACCCAGAACCCCUUAGUAUGGAGCAGAGAGAAACUUUAACGAUGUUCAUAGAUCCGGUGCAGAAAUUUUUUGAGGAAGUCAACAACCCCGCUAAGAAUGAUGACACUGCAGCGAUUGAUGAGAAGACAGCCACAGCUCUCUGGGAACUUGGUGCAUUCGGACUCCAAGUACCCAUAGAUUACGGUGGCUCUGGUCUUACCAAUACUCAGUAUGCAGCUUGUGUGGAAAUAGUCGGAGCCCAUGAUUUAGGAGUUGGAAUAACCCUUGGCGCCCAUCAGAGUAUCGGAUUCAAGGGUAUUCUUUUGUAUGGAACUCCGGAGCAGAAGUCUAAAUAUCUACCAAGAGUCACCUCUACCGAUUAUGCAGCAUUUUGUUUGACAGAACCGUCAUCUGGUUCAGACGCUGGCUCGAUUAGAUCACGAGCUGUGAAGUCUGCAGAUGGUUCACACUAUGUUCUUAAUGGCAGCAAAAUUUGGAUAUCCAAUGGGGGAAUUGCAGAAAUAAUGACUGUCUUUGCACAAGUACCAGUCAUUGAUCCAGUUACUGGCACAACCAAAGAUAAGGUCACAGCUUUUAUUGUUGAAAGAUCGUUCGGAGGUGUCACCAGCGGGCCACCGGAAAAAAAAAUGGGCAUCAAGUGUAGCAAUACCGCGGAAGUUUAUUAUGAAGAUGUUAAAAUUCCAGCUGAAAAUGUUCUUGGACAAGAAGGAGAAGGAUUCAAGGUCGCAAUGAAUAUACUGAACAACGGUCGUUUCGGAAUGGCUGCUGCGUUAUCCGGAACGAUGCGUUCUUGCAUAAAAAAAGCUACAGAUUUUGCUACUCAGAGACUCCAGUUUGGACGUAAAAUCGACAGCUACGGAUCAAUUCAGGAAAAACUAGCACGCAUGUCGAUUUUUCAUUAUGUAACUGAAUCCUUAGCCUACAUGAUCUCUGGAAACAUGGACAAAGGCAGUCAAGACUAUCAACUCGAAGCUGCGAUUUCCAAGUGCUUUGCUUCUGAGUCUGCAUGGAGUGUUUGCGACGAGUCGAUACAAAUACUCGGAGGGAUGGGAUACAUGAAAGAUACAGGCUUAGAGCGUGUAAUGCGAGAUCUUAGAAUCUUCAGGAUAUUUGAAGGAACGAAUGAUAUUCUCCGAUUAUUCGUUGCAUUGACUGGAAUCCAGUUCUCAGGUAGCCAUCUCAAGGAGCUCCAAAAAGCUUUCAAAAAUCCCACAGCCAACCUGGGUCUCAUAUUCGGUGAGGCGACCAAAAGAGCUACGAGAGCUGUAGGGCUCCAGUCGCCUCCGAAUUUCUCACACCUGGUUCAUCCAGACCUCGCAGAUAGCGCCAUUCUCUGCGCUAAGAGCGUCGAAGCUUUUGGACAAGCUAUAGAAGGUGCCUUGAUUAAAUACGGUCGAGGAGUAGUGGAGGAGCAAUUCAUUUUGAAUCGAUACGCACAAGUUGCAAUAGACAUUUAUACAAUGGCGACAGUUCUCAGCAGAGCUACGAUGAGCCUUAAUAAAAAUUUGCCCACAGCUGCCCACGAACUUGCAAUGACUCAAGCCUGGUGUUUCGAAGCUUCCGCAAGAGUGGCUGACAAUCUUCGAAUAGCGAAUUCAACUAAGCAUCUGGACCUUUUCAGCAAAUUCGGUCAAAUUUCGCGCAAUAUAUGCGAAUCUGGCGGUAUAGUUCAGACGAAUCCUCUGAACUUGUGAAAUGAGGUUGUUCGAAACAUUGAAAUCUGUUCCUGAGCAAGCCAGGACUAGAAAAGAAAAAAAAUCGGCAACAACACCUUAAAACUAUCAAAUGAACGAAAAAUGCCAGAUUUAAUAUCAUUACCUGUCUGUGCCUCUCCAAUGAAGAUAAAAAGAUUUUUUUGUAGAGAAUAAAACCAUUAUUUCGUUUUAUCCAACGUCUAGCAAAAGCACGGUAAAAAUAACAAAAAUUUUGUUUUAUUCUCCGAUAGAACUCGCAAGUAUCAAUGCAAAAUAGUCCAAGCCUGUGAAUUGAAUACCAUUUUUUGUUUCUUCAAAAAAACAUCAAAUGAGCUUGCUGAAACAAUCACAUGGAUAGAGAACUUAUUCUUCCCCAUCAAUAAUUGUGAAUAUUUCAAUUAUAAAACACACGUACAAAUAGUAAUAUAAUAUUAGAACAUGUAUAUUAAAAAUAUGGGUGACAAGAACUGGAGUACUGUUAUACAAAAUCAAACCGAAUGAUCAUAAUGAUUGUUAUUAUUAGAAAAUGGAAAAGGAGUGAAUUCGU